AAGUAGCAAUGAAAUCCUCAAAGCAACAAAUAGCCUCAGCCUUCUAGUUACCAAGGACGAUUGGCAGAAGUCGGUAACUGUCGUUCUGUUUCGGUGUACGCAGUCCUUCAGGUGAGCCAUUUUGAGGCAAACCGUUUACAUCCACAAAUUUGUCACAAUGAAUAACCUUCCACUGUCGAACGAUGAGCGUCCCUAUCGGAAUCAGUUGUGGCGUGAGCGAAUGCAACAGCAGCUACAACAUCAACAACAGCCCCACUACAGCCGUCCACGGGAGGUGCCAGAAGAACGCGAUUGUACCGUAAACGAGGAUGCCACCCGUCUCGGCAAACGUCCAACGUCGUCCUGCUGCCCAGAGCAUCCCAAACGCAGCCAAGGUCGUGGACGGCCUCGUCAGGAACAUCCCGCCUUUCGGCUGUCCCAUCCCAUUGGCGAUUGCAUUGAAACCGAACCCGACAUGGACGAUACGCUGUCGGAGUUUGCGGGCGGUUGGUACACGCCACGCCGCACCCGAGCAUCAACGAUGCGUCCGUCGACGUGGAAAAAAUUGAACCAAUGGCUAGACGCACACCAACAGGAGCAUCAGAACGAGGGUAUGGGCAAGGGCCGAAGCAUGACCGAGCUUCAGUACGCUGAGUACAACUCUAGCGAGGAGGAAGAGAACGAACAGCGCAAGAGGGAGGAUGUUUUGGGAAAGGAAAAACAAAACGAUUCAACACAAGAACCGGAGAAAACUCUCAAAGAACCGGCAGCCACCGAUGCUCAAUCGCAGAUGAAGGCUGAAGUGAAGGAUGACGAGACAUUGCCCAAAAAUAGAUCCAUCGGAAUUGGAUACCAAUUUCUCAAGAAUCUUAUGAUGUUGAUGCUGUAUAUUAUCAAAACACUAACUCCAGUGACGUACCCGAUCGUAACGUACCUUAAGAAACACAUCAAGACGGCCAUCGUGUACCUGUGGGUGCGUUUCUUUCAACCAUGCACAUUGCAAGGCGUUCGGGCAAGGGAAGACCCCGUUUCGAUGCUCAUUAUGGUGCUGAUGGUUCCUGUGAUCGGUCUGCUGGGGAUUGCGUACUGUGCCGUUUGCAUGCUCUAUUGGUUGCAUCGUUUGUUCCUGAUUGAACCCUGAACAUCACUAAAUCUAUGCAGUUUAUUCCGUGGGCGAAGAGAGAUUUCUUGAGAUGAUCCUAUAAGUCUGUAGGAAUGAAACCGUUUUGUAGUGAGAGUCCAAAUAAAUUAUUACUCUUCGUGGAUGGACAAACAAA